GAAAGAAAAAAAAAAAUAGCCCAAAGAGACAAAAUAAAAGAUUAAAAGUGUCUAGUGGUGAAGAGGAAUAAUAUUGUGUGGCAGGUGCUUUUCCGGAAAAAAGAAAGGGAACUGUUAAUUAGGGAUAGUUGAUGCAGCCAAAGGAGGUUGUGGUGAGUGAGGAACAUUUUGUGAUCAAGUGAAGAGAGUGCGUCAAAGUCAUCGUGUGGGCAUCAUCAUUGUACAAGAUCAUACGGAUCUUAUAUAUCGUCUCUCAAGACAAUCGUCUACCCAUCCACCCCACUGUGAGGAACCUCCACAACCCCACACCCACGGAACACUUUUUAUCAAUCUUAUCAAAACCCUACGUGAGCUGAUAAGAGGAAAAGUUCUUCUCAUCUCUCUACUGGGACAACCUUCUCAACUUGUCAUCAUCAAAUUCGCAGCAACAGCAGGCCCCAUCAUCAGUGGCUUCCUUAAAUAUGAGAAAAACAAUCUAAAAUAAUUUCCGUAAGCUUAUUUUACGGCGUUGACGCCCCCACAAUCUCCUUGCUGAGCAUGCAAAAAAUGGCCAAGGAUGGAAAAUAGUGGAAGGAAGGACAUUGCAACUGGCACCAGUAGCAUCCGCAUAAAGCAGCUCUUCCACGAGAUGAAACAGAAGUUCCCAACGGUGUCGGAUGAUAUUGUAAAUGAUUGCGUUGUACGGCAUACAGAUCGUGCCACCUGCGUAGCCCUUCUGCAGCGUCAUGUUGAUGCUGUUCAAGCCCAAUUGUCCCCAAGUCACCUACCACGUGCCAAUCGUACCCCCAGUUCCCCCACAAUUCACGUCACAGAGCGCUCCUUUGUUGAAACACCCCAAACACCAUCUCCUGGUGUGCAGACAACUGCUGCUUCUGCUGAGGGGGCAUUGGCACGACAAACAUCUCGCUUUGCUACAGAGCUCAAAAUUCCACCGCGAGAGCCACGGGAGGCGUUUGAGCCGGAUGAAGUAGCGACGACCCCGCGAGCACCACGACGGUAUACGUCGGUUAAAUUUAAUCUCAAAGACUUCAGUCGUGAUCCCGACGAUGGGAAUGUUGAAUUGGUGCAGGCAACCAAUUUUACCUACUCCAGCAGCUGCUUGAACAGCGAACAGGGCUACCAGAGUCGUUUGCACAUCAAUGUGGGGCGCAAUGGGGGUGUUAUAAGUGCCGUAAGGACACGCCCAACCAACACAUCCGUGUCAAUGGCACCCCUUGAGCCUCUUUCACCACCCGCCGCCGUCUUCCAGCCAACACACAGUCCUAUUCCCGAGGACAAGAGUGUCAAUAAUCAGUUGCGAAUUAAAAAUUCCCUCCUGAAUGAAUUUAUGAAUGAUCAGAAGCGUCUGACGCAGAUGCAGCGUAGUCUGGAGACACUGCGGGAACCCUUUUCCGUUGAGAAUUCCCAACGUGUCCUGCAGGAGAUCACCCAAUUGCGAUGCGACUGUGAACGUAUGGCACGUGCUGUUGAGAAAUACGGACCAUACGUUCUGGGUGAGACGAAUGAGGCAUUUUAUGAUAACAUCUACACGGGUCAGAAGCUCCCAGCUCAAGUACGGCGAAGUCGUUCAACGCGCAUCACGCAGACAACGCAAACAAGUCAGGCUGUUAUCAAUCACCACCUUCAGGUACUCUCGGGGCGUCGCAAUGGGCUCCCCGAAGGCACCCCGGAGAGUACAUGGACAUGCUGUAUGUGCACCUUCAGCAAUCACCCCCUCCUCGACAACUGUGAACAAUGCGAAAUGCCACGAUUCCCAGCUGCUGAAUCCUCAACGCAUGUCUUCCAAAUGGCCGGUUUCAAUCGCUACGAGAGCAUCAAUGGGGGCCUCUUCUGAGAGACUGAGCCGCCCCCCGCGCGUCCUUUUCUUUAAUAUUGUGAUCACUACACAUAAAAAAACUUAUUAUAUAUUAUAUUGAUUUCCUGCAAUAAAGUGAGAGAAAGAGAGAGAGAGUGAAAGAAUAAAAA